CACACGACACGCCCCCCGCCCCGCCGCGGACCAGCAGCGGCUCCCAGAGAAACCCGCCGGAGCGCGCGGCUUAAUGGCGCUCGCGCUCUCCACGCUCCCCUUCGCCCCCUCCACCCCGGCGCCCGCCUCGUUCCGCCCCCGCGGGGCCCACCUCGCCCCCUCCCCCGCCGGCAGGAGCGGCGGCCUCGGCGUCGGGCUCCCCCUCGCGUGCGCGGCGCCGCGGAAGAACCGCGGGCGGAGGCGGCGCGGCGGGGGCCUGGUGGUGUUCGCGGCCGCCGACUACUACGCGACGCUCGGCGUGCAGCGCUCCGCGACCAUCAAGGACAUCAAGGCCGCCUACCGGAAGCUCGCGCGCCAGUAUCAUCCUGAUGUUAAUAAAGAACCUGGAGCAACCGACAAGUUCAAAGAGAUAAGCUCAGCCUAUGAGGUUCUGUCAGAUGAUAAGAAGAGGGCAUUGUAUGACCAAUAUGGUGAAGCCGGGGUUAAGAGCGCGGUUGGGGGCAACGCUGGAGCUUAUACAUCGAAUCCAUUUGAUCUGUUUGAGACAUUCUUCGGAGCAAGCAUGGGUGGUGGUGGUGGCUUUUCUGGUAUGGACCAGAGCGCAUUUAGGACACGCAGAAGGAGCACUGCUGCUCAGGGUGAAGACAUCAGAUAUGAUGUGAUUCUAGGGUUCUCAGAGGCAAUAUUUGGAACAGAAAAAGAUAUCAUAUUAUCCCAUUUGGAGACUUGUGAUGCUUGUAGCGGUUCUGGUUCAAAGGUUGGCUCAAAGGCAAAAAUAUGCUCCACAUGUGGUGGGCGAGGGCAAGUAAUGCGAACGGAGCAGACACCAUUUGGUCUCUUUUCCCAGGUUUCUAUUUGCCCCACUUGUGUAGGAGAGGGUGAGGUUAUUUCAGAGUAUUGCAGGAAAUGCUCUGGAGAGGGGCGUGUUCGUGUCAGAAAAGAGAUCAAAGUAAAAAUCCCUCCAGGAGUUAGUAAAGGUAGCACUCUUCGUGUACGUGGUGAAGGUGAUGCAGGACCGAAAGGAGGGCCUCCCGGAGAUCUUUUUGUCUGCCUUGAUGUAGAGGAGCCAUCCGAUAUUAAAAGGGAUGGUAUCAACUUGUAUUCAACUGUGUCGAUAAGCUACAUUGAAGCUAUUUUGGGUACAGUUCAAAAGGUCAGAACUGUUGAGGGAACUAGUGAACUUCGAAUACCUCCAGGCACCCAACCUGGUGAUGUAUUGGUCCUAGCGAAGCAAGGUGUUCCAUCAUUGAAUAGGCCAUCUAUAUGCGGUGAUCAUCUAUUCACUGUUAAGGUCUCUAUACCCAAACGUAUAAGUGGGCGCGAAAAGGAGUUGCUUGAGGAACUUGCAUCGUUGAAAAAUGGUGGUUUUGCCCGUGCACCGGUGAAGCCAAAACCUGUACAUAAAGAGAAUGGAAGCCGCGCUGCUCCAGAAGUAUCAGAUCAACCUGAUGAUGGGGAGGGUGACUGGUUGAAGAAACUUUCUGAUUUUGCUGGAUCCAUUGUCAACGGGGCAUCCAAGUGGCUGAAGGACAACCUGUAGCCUGUAAAUAUUUAUUGCAUGAUGCAUUCUAUUCAACACCAGUCAUGGUGUUAACCAAUCUGCAAUUCUUCAAUUAAUCGGGAUUCGACGAGCUGUUGCAUGCAUGUGUUCUGUUGAAGAGGCUCAUCUUUUACGGUCUGUGGGCUGUGAAGUGGCAACGCAGAGGUUUAGUGUCAACUAAUUUUAUUGACGCCGUUUUUAUUUUUUGAGAGGGAUACCCUUGUAAAGCAUGAAUUUUGCUGUAGUCGCACUUGUAUUUCCUAGAGCAUGUAACAGUCGUCACGGCCGCAGAUAUUGAAAUCGAUGAAGCUACAUUCUAUGUAAAUACAUAUAUAUAUAUAUAUUUUUCCGGUA